UCUCUAUUUUUCCAAAAUCAAGAAGAAGCAAAAGUGGUUAUAUUUUGCAACUUUUACAAGUUUAUUCAAGACCAAGAAGAAGCAAAAGGGGUUAUAUUUGCAACUUUAGCUAGGGUAAGAAUUUGCAAAAAUGGGCACUUUAGUGGGACAUGUAGCACCAGGAUUUGGCUUCUUUUUAAUUGGUAUUUGGCAUUUGAUUAAUCAUAUUAGAUUACAUGUUUUGCAUCCAAAAUCAUACACUUCUUUGCCUUGGUUCCCAACUCCAAGAAUUAGGUACUUGGAACUUUUCUUGAUUAUAGGGGGUUGUUUGGCUUCAAUUUCAAUGGAACUUUUUAUUGGUCCAAAAAAACAUCAACCUUUAGAUAUUGAUGGAACUAUCCCUUCUAACCAUCUACACAAUUUUGAACAUUCAAACAUCUCUUUGACUUUCUUUGUGUAUGCACUUUUCACCAUAAUCUUUGACAAAGUUACACUUCCACCCCAAACAAAAUAUGGGAUGACACAACUACUUGGAGCUAUAGCUUUUGGUCAACAACUUUUGCUUUUCCAUCUUCACUCUAGUGACCAUAUGGGAGUUGAAGGACAAUAUCAUUGGCUUUUACAAAUAGCCAUUUUUGUGUGUUUAGCCACUACCCUUUUGGGAAUUCAAUUUCCUAAGAGUUUCUUGAAUAGUUUUGUGAGGUCUUAUAGCAUUAUGUUCCAAGGGAUUUGGCUUAUGGUCAUGGGGUUUAUGCUUUGGACACCAAAAUUCAUCCCAAAAGGUUGUUUUAUCAACUUUGAAGAAGGUCAUAAAGUGGUUAGAUGUGAAAAUCAUGAAGCACUUGAAAGGGCAAAAGCUUUAGUGAAUAUACAAUUUAGUUGGUAUAUAGUAGGGAUCACAAUAUUUUGUGUCACCCUUUACUUGAUUCUAAUCAAGAUUUUCCAAGAGAAGGUUGAGUACCUAUCUUUGAAUAGCAAAUUUGAGGAAGUGGAAGAUGAUUUGGAGGAUGUUGAGGCUCAAACGACUAGCAAAAAUGGUCAAUCAAAUAAGUUUCUUGAAAUGGAAAAAAUGUUUGCGUCUACCUCAGAUAUGAAAAGAUGAAAAGAAGAGAAACAGUAAUAAGAAAUACUAUACUAAGUAAUAUUUUUCAAUCGACUUCAAAUUAUAUCGAUUCUGUUAUUAAUUUUCAUUUUUAGUAGAAAGAAAUUUAUUUGUACAAAAAAUAAAGAUUUGGUGAGGUAGGGGUGUUUGUUAAGGUAGGGGUGUAUGUUAAUUUAUUUGUUUUAAUUAAUGCCACAAUAAAAUAAUUGUUGGCUUUGUGAAAAUAAAAAAAAAGAACCAAAAAAAAAAAGGAGGGAAUUUGGUUCAAUAUUUGUGUGGUUUCUAUUGGUAGCUUGUCAAAGGGGGGCAAAGCUAUAAAUGUUAAGAAAAAAUUAGUGUAGUUAGGGAAGUUGUAUAAUUUGUAAUUAAAUGUUUUUUAUUUAGUUAAUUUAUUAUAGAAAUCAUGUAUUUCUUA